AUGAUGAAGAAAGGGCGAGGGCGUCCGAAAUCCACGGUGCCACCGCCACCACCAUCGGAUUCAAUUGCCAGUUUGAAGACUCCUCAGAAUGUUUCAAGAACUACAAUACCAUCUAACUCUAACUUGAAGGCGCCUGAGUUUGGAUCAAAAGCUGAGAAAGAGACGAUAACCUCAGCUGAGAAAGAAACGACACCCACAAUCGAAGAUGCAACUAGAGAACCUGGAAUAGAAACGCCACAAGCUCAACCGGAGGAUCAAAAACUAUGGGUAGAAAUUAUAAAUGACAACCGGAAUCCUUCUAAGGGACUGACAAUGGAAUACGUCGCACCAAAAGUAGUCAACGGAAUGAUUGAGAUUGCUAUUGAACAAGAAGAUAUCGAAACAGAAAUACGCUUUUGGGAUAAUGCCCUAAUUCUUUAUGUCGUAGGAGGUGAUUUAAGUAUGAACAUGGUGAAGAAUUUCAUGCAGAGAAUGUGGAAUUUUGUGAAAAUACCAGAUCUUUAUUACCAUGACGACGGGUACUUUCUGCUCAGAUUCAAUUCCCAGAAAGACAAGGAAACUUUGAUGAUGAAAGGUCCGUACACGAUUCGAAAUAUGCCCAUGAUACUGAAGGAAUGGCAAUCAGGGUUCAACCUAAAGAAGGACCUGCUAAGAACGCUCCCAAUUUGGGUAAAACUCCCCCAACUUCCCUUGCAGCUAUGGGGAGCAAAAAGUUUGAGCAAGAUUGGUAGUGCCAUAGGUAAACCCUUGGUGACUGAUGAAUGCACGACGAACAAGCUCCGUGUAUCUUAUGCAAGGCUACUGAUUGAAGUGGACAUUACACAACAAUUGACUGACGAAAUAGCCAUAAGAAAUAUGGAGGGGGAUGUAAUAAUGCAGCCUAUGAAAUACGAAUGGAGGCCAACUUUCUGCGAAACUUGUCAAAAACUAGGGUAUACAUGUGAAGACCGGUGGCAGACUCAACAAUGGAAACCAAAACCCAAGCCACCUGAAGCAUCCAAGAACAUCACACCCUCCGAACAAUCAGAAACAGAGGAAGCAACAUGGCAAGUUGGUGAAUCAUGGAAAAGAGGGACAAAAUCUGUAAGAGAUAAAGGUAAGAGCAUAAUUGUUGAUACUAAUAGAAACAUCAGCUGUAACAAUGGUUUUGAAGCUCUUGGGGUUAUGAAUGACCACCAAGGGGCAAUAAACCUUGACCCAUGUUAG